AUGGAGGAUCAAGUUCUUCAAUCUCCCACAAACCCACAUUUCUUCAAGCCUCUUCUUCCCGGCUUCCACUCCCACAUCAACAUUCCAAUGAAUUUCUUCUCAUUACACAUAGAAGGAAGACAGGAGAGAAACACGGUGGAGCUGAGAUCCGACGCUUGUGACAAAACAUGGAAAGUUAAGAUGGAAGGUCAUAGACUCACCGUUGGCUGGAAAGAGUUUUCCCGCCAACAUAAUUUCCAAACCGGAGAUAUCAUCAUUUUCAGACACGAAGGAGAUUUGGUGUUUCACGUCACCGGUUUUGGACCUAGUUGCUGCGAGAUCCAAUAUGUACAGCCUUGCAACAAUGACGAUGGUGUUGAUGAUGAUCAGGAUAGCAUCAGAAACUUGUCUACAAUGGACAAAGCAAAAACAGAACCAGUGUCUUCACAAGACGAUGAUGAUAAAGACAACAUGGGAAAUAUUCCGAGAAAGAAGCAUACAAAGAAGAGGAAUCUUGCAGAAGCAAAGUAUUUUUCAUCAGACGAGUCUUGUUUUGUAGCAACCAUCACAGAUUCGAACCUACGAGAGGAUAAAGUGUUUCUUCCACGGAAGUUUGUUAGGCCCGAUGGUCUGAAGAAAAGUAGCAGCAAGAUUGUUCUAAUGAAUGAAAGACAAAGGACAUGGACGCUUACUCUGAAGUUUAGGAAAUCAACUAAAACAUUUUACAUGGGGACUGGCUGGAGAAGUUUUUGCCAUGAGAAUGGUCUUCAAACUGGAGAUUGGAUCACGUUUAAACUAGAGAGAAACAACACAAGAACGCCUUUUCUCUGUUUUUCCUCUGUAGAAUCAAAGAGUGUUUCUACGAAAGAGAGCAGAAAAGAGAAGAGAAUCAAAACUGGUGAGAGUAGCCAAAGAGUGUCGUUAUCAUCAUCUCCACAAAGUGAAAACCGACUUGUGACACUAACUGUAAAACCAGCCAGUCUAAAAAAGGGUAGACUUCAUCUUCCAAUGAGCUUCACUAGGGUGAACAGAAUGGAAACUGCAGGUGGGAAGAAGAUAACUAUGUUGGACAAGCAUGGAGUAGAUUGGCCAGUGAAUCUAGUGAUGGAAAGGAAAAAUGGAAUGAUGCGUUUGGGUUCAGGGAUAAAAGAUUUCUUAAAAGCUAAUGGCGUCAAGGUAUUCGAACCUUUUGUGUUGGAGCUGGUUUGGGAAGACAAAACAUCUCCUCCUAUGCUCAAGUUCUGCUCCAAGAUCAAGACCUGA